AUGGCGUGCCAGCAUCUGCGAUCGACCAGCCUGCCCGUGAGGCCGCACGCCCUGGUGCAAGAGGUCGAGGACGAGCUGCAGCGGAUCCGGUCCGGCGCGUCGGCGUCGGCACCGUCGCUCGCGGGGCGGCUCGGCGACGCGUACGGCCGCAUCGAGGAGCUCGUGUGGCUCCACGGCGGCCGCGACGCGCUGUCAAGCGCGCGCUGGAGGAGCGCCGUGGAGGCGGAGCUGGACGCGUCGGUGGCGCUGCUGGACCUGUGCCAGCGCGUCAGGGACGCCGUGGCGUCCGCGAAGCAGCACGUGCGCGCGGCGCGGCACGCGGUCCAGAGAGGCGACGCCGUGCUCGCCAGGGCGGCCGUGCGCGGGUACGUCCGGUGCCUGGCGAAGGCGGGGAAGCUCCUGAGCAAGCGCGGUGCGCCGGCGAACGCCGACGGGACGCCGGCGGCGGUGAAGACGCUGUCGGAGGCGGUGGCGGUCACCGUGGCGGUGCUGCAGUGCGUGCUGUCCUCGCUGUCCAUGCGAGUUGUGGACACGAGGAGGAAGAGCAGGUGGUGCGUCGUGUCCAAACUGUUAGGUAGUGAGUGGUCACUUGGUCUUGGAGUAUGUAAAGACUUGGAAGGCCAUGAGGGGGCGAUGAGCGCGCAAGAGACGCUGCAGGAACUAGAGGACGGCGUCGAGGCCGUGGAGAGUGGGCUGGAGCAUCUGUUCAGGCCAGAGUUGCUCUGCUCAAUGUGCUUACCUUGUAAAAGACGUCUCGAAUUGUGA